AUGGCGCUCUGGACCUCGUCCUAUCCGGUCGACGCCGGCGACCGGGACCCCAGCUUCGCCUGGCACGAUACCGACCUGCCCAGCGCCGGCCUCGACGACUCCCAGCACGACCUCUUUGCCCAGUUCCUCGACUUCGAGGCCGGCCACGGCAGCACCUCGGCCGCCAUGGGCGCCGGCGGCUCCGUCGCCGCCGUCGCCUCGGAGCCCUUUUACAUGGACCACCACCAGGCCCAGCUCCCGCACCACCACCCCCACCACGCUCAUCACGAGAGCAGUACGACCUCGUCUGGCGUCUCCAACGCCGACGAUUUCGACUUCUUGUCCACCAGCUCCAACGUCGACGCCGCGGCGGGCUACGACGUCGACCCCAGCACGCUCGCCAUGUUUGCGCAGGAUCCCGCCGCCAUGUACGCGGCCACGGGCAACGGCGCCACAGUCUCCGACACGGAGCUCGAGCGUCUCGAGGGCAUCUCCCUGCACUCGCCCAAAAAGGGCACCGCGGCGCCGGCGACGGACCGCGCAUCGUCACCCACGCCAGAGGGAAACAACAACAACACCCCGGCGGCAGCAGCAGCAGUGGGCAGCAAUGCCACCACCAACAACAACGCCGGAGGAACCGUCAACGGCCGUCGGAGCAGGAAGAUUGUCGAGGCCCUGUCGUCGACGAUCCGCAAGGCCACUACCAUGCGCAAGACGCGCAAGGUCAGCCAGGCGCUGCAGCGCGCAGUCUCCCCGAGCCUGGAGAACCCGCCCAUGGCCCUCAAACCCGCCAACAACACCCAGACCCUGCGCGGCCGUCGCGCUCACACCCAGCACGCCCUGCAACAGCAGCAGCAGCAGCAGCAGCAGUUUUCCGAGUCGCCUCCGUUGCUUCAGGUCGACACGGCCGUGGCCAACGGCGGCAGCGGCUUCGUCGCCGGUCAGUUUGACGAUCCGUUUGGCGGCGAAAUCUCGCCGACGCAUGCGCCGCAGAUGCGGUACUACAGCCAAGGCGGUCUCGGCACGCCCAUGGACUCGCCCACGCGCAGCGCCGCGAUGCUGCAGCAGCAGCAACAGGGCGGCCAGCACUGGCAACAACAGCAGCAGCAGCACAGCGCGCAGUGGUCGGCGACCAGCAGCCAGCAGGAGCUCUGGUGGGGAGGUGCCGGCGGCGGCGUCGACGCCAAGAACAUUGACGCCAACAUGGCGAUGCACUCGCAGCACGGCGAGCUGCCGUACGACGUGCACAGCGACGGCAGCAUGCCCGCCCAGAACGGGCUCAUGAUACACAUGCCGCAGCCGCGCCAGGCCGGCAUCAACGAGCUCGCCCUCAACGCGCACACCUACCUGCCGCCGCCGCCGCCCGUGCCCGCCGACACGGCCGCCCGCUCGGCGCGGCCGCCUCGCGCUCCAUCUUCCGGCGCGCGCCACAACCGCACCAUGUCCUCGAGCCCGAUGCGCAAGCAGCGCGCGCCGUCGGCCUCGCCCUCGCCCGGCACGCGGCAGUCGCGCAACAGCUCCGGCGCCUCGGCCGCGUCCUCGUCGCAGCGCAGCGCCUCGGGCCGGGGCUCCGUCCCCGGCACCCCCAGCGGCGUCAAGAAGCGCCGGUCGCGCGACGCCGGCAGCGGGAGCUUCUCCGCGGACGAAGGCUCCAGCGGCGGCGGCGGCGGCGGGCUCGGCGGCAUCACGCUGGGCGGCGGGAUCGGGUUCGUCAACUUUACGCCAAACGACGGCUCCGUGCUCAUGACGGGCGUGGCGCCGAGCGGAAGCUCAAAGACAAAGGCGCGCAGGGAAAAGGAGGCCCAGGAGCGCAGGCGGCGCCUCAGCGAGGCGGCGAUGAAGGCCGUCGCCGCGGCGGGCGGUGACAUUGAAAAGUUUCGCGAGCAGCAGGGGUUUGAGAUUUGA